UGUAAUAUGUAUAACCUAAUGUAUCAUUAUAAUUAAUAAAAUGUUGCUCACUGCUUGACAAUAUGUCAUAUUACAUAUCAUAUUUAGUAUUAUAUUCUAGUUAUAAUCUAGCUACAGGUAGAGGAGGUCAUAGGCCAGUUUCUGUUUUAACAUAAUAUAAAGUGACAGGCUGCAUUAAAUUGAUUGGGGGGCAUGUUUGAGGCCUCUGGUCCAGGGUUUCAGUGUUAUGUGAUUGAGUUGUGAAUUGUAUAAUCAAACCAUGUGUUCUCAUCACCAUGUAGUAACAUUAAUACCACAUGGAUCAUAAAAGUCACAGAGCGUCACUAGAGGAGAAGAAGAGACUUGAGGAAUUGAGUACAAAGCUGGUUAAACCAGUUGGAUCACAAGUCAUCUAUUGCUACCAAUCCAGUUGAUGCAAAACAUAGGUGUACAUGGAAUUGGGGUGACACUAUUCAUGGAAGAAAACAUUAAUGAAGUGCAUUGAAAGUAAAUACUCACCGACAGUUUUUAAUAAAGUGGCUCAGAUAACUUUGCAAGAGGAGGUCAAGCUUGUGUUCAGUGGAAUGACAGCAGCUCAUUGUGGUUGUCCGCUGUGUGAGCUGGGCGGGGCUAACCAGGUCCAUGACUUGGAGUUUCUGACAGACAAAAACUUCACAGGCAGAGGGAUCUGGAUAGUAACACUGUUACACUUCUGAUAAGAAAUCAUGUCUUCUGCACAAGGUUGGACUUUUCCCACAGUAACACUUUCAAACGGGAUGCAAAUGCCAAUACUAGGAAUAGGCACAUCCCAGAUAGGAGGCUUCUCUCAGGACACUGUUCUGCAUGCACUGCGCGAUUGCGGCAUACGCCUCAUUGACACAUCAAAGUACAAUGGCUUUGAGGCACAGCUGGCUGAAGUGAUCAGAGAUUGUGGGAUAGCACGAGGUCACCUGUGGCUCACCAACAAACUCUGGCCAGAGGACUAUGGAUAUGAAACUGCCCAGUCAGCCUUUCACAAGUCUUGCUCUCACAUGGGAGUGAAGUAUCUUGGUACUUUAGCUCGACUUGUUACCACAUGUUUGCAGUCUGUUUUCCUGCGCAUCUUCUCACUUGUACAACUUUUAGACCUCUACAUGUUGCACUGGCCAGAUUCAAUGCAACCAGGUCACUCCAGCAGACAACUGAGAGCUGAAGCAUGGAGAGCUUUAGAGGACCUGUAUGACGAGGGGUUGUGUCGUUCUAUCGGGGUCAGCAACUUCAUGAUUCACCACCUGGAACAGUUAAAGCAAGACUGCACGGUCGUGCCACAUGUUAACCAGGUGGAGUAUCACCCGUUCCAGCAGCCUAAUGAGCUGAUCGAGUACUGCCGUCAUGAGGGCAUCACAUUUCAGGGUUACUGCCCUCUGGCCAAAGGUCAAGCCCUGAGCAACCCCACAAUUAUCCAGGUAGCACAAAAGUAUGGACAUACACCUGCACAGAUCUGCAUCCGCUGGAGUAUUCAGAACAGAGUCAUUACGAUACCAAAGUCAACCAAAAGGGAGCGUGUGGCUGAGAACUGUCAGGUGUUUGAUUUCCAGCUGGAAGAGGAAGACAUGGAAGCCAUAAAUAAGCUGCACGAUGGACGGCACGUUGCCUGGGAUCCAACUCAUGUGGAGUAACCGGUGUAUUUGCUGCAACAUUCACGGUAUCUUUUUGUUUACCGUUGGAGAUUCAGAAGUUGCGUCUGAAAUUCUCCAUCAAUGGAUAACAAGACAAUAUUACAUAAUAUGCCUUUGAGUGCUUCAUCAGUGACUGAAUACAUGAAACAAAUAUACAUACAAUUGUAGAGUCUGCUGAUAAAGGCAGUGUGGUGUGUAUAUGCUAAUGUGAUUAGUGGUUAAUGCAUCACUUUUGUAAACUGUAAAGGCUGGGUUUUUUUUAUCAUCCU